AUGGCCCCCUGUCCCCAGCCUGACCCCUGCCCAGCCGGCAGCCCCUUUAGCCUGAUAUGUUUGUCCCUUUUGCUCAUCCCUGUUGCAGCUGGGACCUACUGUGAAUGCAGCCUUGGCCUCAGCCGAGAGGCCCUUAUUGCCCUCAUUGUGGUGCUGGCUGCUGUCAGUGCCAGCUGCUUCUGUGCCCUCAUCAUCGUGGCAAUUGGCGUCUUUCGGGCCAAGGGAGAAACAUGCCCCCAACACAUGGACAACAGGUUGGUGGGGCACUUCGGGGUCCAGGAAGAUUGCGUGGAUCUGCACUCGGUGCACGUGGAGUCCCACCUCAUGGACCCUGACCUGGAGGUAUCCAUGAUGCCAUCCUUGGAGAACCAUGGCCUCAUAUCCAUCCCCAUGGAGGCUUCUCUAGAGGUGCCUCCCCCACCCCCACCC